AUGGAGGGGCGGGUUCCACCAGCGCCCGAUGGUGAUGACACGGAUGACAACUCUCUCCCGCUACAUUCAUCAGGGUCAAAAUCGCUGCCACCACCACCACCAUCACCGCUUCUAAUAACACCGCCUCCUGAUAUGAACUCCGAAACCUACGUAAUCCAAAUCCCCAAAGAUCAAAUUUAUCGCAUUCCACCUCCGGAAAAUGCCCUUUUUGUGGAACGUAAUGGCAAAAAACCUGUUGAGAAGAACAAAAAGUCUCGACCUCAGUGCUGGGUAUGGAUAACUGGUUCCAUCUUGGUUGUGCUAGCACUUAUAAUUGCUCUAAUCCUAGUGACAUUGUCCAUCGUCUAUAGGUCUAAAAGUCCUUCAUUCUCCGUGGCACAUGUCCUAGUCAAGUAUGCACAAAAUUCUACUCAUAAACAUUCUCAAUCGGCUGGGUACACAAUCUCCUUGAAGGCCAAUAACCCUAAUGAAAUUAUGGGAAUUGAUUAUGACAGUGGUGGGGUUGUUACAUUAUCUUCCGAGGGCAAAAAGAUUGCUACAGGCAAAUUUCCAUCGUUGGAGCAAGAAGAGAAUGGUUUCAAGAAGAUUAAAGUCUUUCUAAAAGGCACAAAAGAAACGCUACCUAAGGAGAUUGAGAAGAGUAUGAAGGCCAAUAAAACUAAGGUACCGGUCUCCUUAACUCUAAAUGCGAAACUUAGAGUGAAACUGAAAUUGGGUGUGAUUAAGACAUGGAUUCUUGACAUGGACGUUGCAUGUAAAAUUAAGGUCAAUACAUUGGGGGUGGGUUCGAUGAUCUUAUCGGAAGAAUGUCAGAACUAA